CGGCACCGUUGUAAUCUUUAUUGUUUACAUUACUUUAAGUUUUGCAACGUAUAAUUGUAGUGGCAUAAGACUCUGGACUUUCGUUUCGGCAGCUGAUUCAAUAUGAAAUUUUUCCUGUUGGCUGUAUUCGUGGCGACGGCUUUUGCCGUUCCCAUCCCUCUUGAAGACGAUGACGAUGGUGCGGUUGAGUUCAUCGUCAACGGUGUCGCUAAAGGCGAACCCUUGGAGCUUGGAGACGUUCUGGGCAUCCAUGUGAACGAGCAUGUUGAUGGAGUGUUGGCUGCUUCCACUAAUCUCCUGCACCCUCUCACCGCUGUGGGCAUUGCUGAAGCCGCCGCCGCUGCCGCUGACGUCAUCGCCUCUCCUGCCAUCGUGGACGAAUCAGAUGUGAUUCCUGAACCCGUCGUCCUUCCCGCUCCUGCGGCUCCUGAAGUAGUGGACGCUAGCCCUGAGGUGGUAAUUCCUGAGUCUGUGGUCCUCCCUGCUCCAGGAAUUCCGGAGGUUGUGCUUCCAGAAUCUGUUGUGCUCCCCGCUCCCGCCAAACCCGAGAUUGUGUCGCCUGUGGUUCCCGAAGGAGUAGUGUUGCCCUCUCCCGCUCAACCAGAGGUUAUCUCACCUGUAGUACCUGAACCCGUUGUUCUUCCCGCCCCCUCGCAACCAGAGGUUAUCUCGCCCGUAGUCCCUGAACCCGUUGUUCUUCCCGCCCCCUCUGAACCUGAGGUAGUUGACGCGCCAGUUGCCGCCCCCCAUUCUCCCAGCGGUGAGGUGUUCAACAACGGUGUGGUCCAGGUGAGCGUGAACACACCUCAGGAGGCUGGCGUAUUUUCCACCCUGCAGUCGUGGAUGAGCUUCGUGUUGAACUACUUCAGCGGUGACGCUCAGACCUCUCACCAAAUCAUAUAAGCUAAGAACAAAGGAUUAAUCGAUGCGUAAGAAUUUGUAUACGUAAAUAAAUAAAACUGAUUUAGUUUUUUA